AUGGGGAGUUAUGGACUGCGCGCAAAUGAUGGCAGAAACAUCGUCAUCGUGAUGAUGGCAGUCUUUGGGACCAUUGCCAUGAUCUCGACAGGUCCUCGGAUUGUAUCUCGGAUAAUGAGGAACCUCAGCUUGGGGCUGGAUGAUUACUUCAUGGUGAUUGCGGGUGAGCUCUCGAGCGAUACUGUGCAGAAAGCCGUAACCGAUCAAGCUCAUAGUGUAUGA